GAAGGAGAAAAUAACUUUGCUGGGUUUUUUUUUUUUUGAGUACUUCAGAUCUGCUUGUGAAACAGGAUGUUUUGUGAUUGUAUGUUAAUGGCACUGGUAUGACCUGUGGGCCCUACUAAAAGGCAAGUAAAAUCUCUGUCUAGUGACCCCUGUCCAUUCUAAGAUCCUGCUUAACCUGCGAUUGAAUCCUGCUUCAACUGUACCAUCAAGGUAGUCACAAAAUUACUGGGCUGCUUGACGUCAUAUGAGAAUCAAAUCACGGACCCCACAAAUACCAGGAUUUCAUCUUUUUCCUGGUUCUAGCUUUUAUUUCUGCAAGUAAAGGCACAACUGAUGCCCCUGCCCAGAGUCGAGAUCUGCUGCAGGUGGCUUGCCCCACUCUGGGGGCUUUCUCAUUGCUUGGAAGAGGUAAAUAUAGGUGGGCAGAUCCUGUUUGCUUGGGAAGUCCUCUCAAGUGUGAGCUGCUUGUUUUCUCCUGUGAAAUAGAUGUAUUUUUUCUGGCACUCAGUGCUGUUGUCUUCUGCAGCCUGUAGGCAUGAAAGACUGAUGAAAUAGGUAAUCUCUUUACAGAAGAUGUUUAAGGGUAGAAUUUGAUUGUCUUGGAGCAGACUGAGGGGAAGUGGCUCUUUACUGGUACCAGAGGCUCAGCACAGUCUGGGAUAUGAUAAUUUUGUGCUGCUGAAGUUCAGGUUUCUAUUAAUCCUCCCUGAUGUACAAUGGCAGAAAUCUGAAAUCAGGAGGGGAAACCUUUUAUGCAGAGCAGCACAUUGGAAGUCAAGGCUGUUGUUACUGUAAUGACAACAAACAGAUCUUCAGUUGGUAGAUGGAGGGCUGCUUUCUUUUGGCAGCUCUUAAAAUGGUGCAGACUGUGUGUCAUUUCAUCCAGCCACAAUUACGUGCCUUGUCACUGUGAAACCAGAAGACUGACCUACUGACUUAGCUUUCACAAUCAUUUCUACAGACCUGACUUCAUUUCUGGUUUCAAAAUAACUCAUAAAUUCAUAACCCUGGGGUUUGGGUUUUGUUUGUUUUGUAAUGUACUUAUGUUUUUAUUGCCUAUAACUUCUGCUUCCUAAAAUUGCUUAUACAGGACCAGAGAGUAGUGGCCUGCAAGCUAUAAACAUUUAUUUCUUCAUUACUGGGGUAGUGCAAGAUGUUACUUGGCUUUAAAACUAUAAAGUGCUGUUCUCCCAGCACAGUUAAGAGCAGUACAGUUAAGAGCAGUACAGUUACGUGUAGAGAAAUUGCCAUUGUGCAAAUGGUGAGCACAGGCUGGAAUGGUAUGUAACAUCGAACAGGUCUCAAAUACUGAAGUGUAGACACUGGCUUGUCCAUGUUGUGCAAGAGGUGGAAUGAGGGUGGCUGUUCUUUUCAAAACAGUUCUAAAUGCUGUUUCAGUACAUCCAAAGCUUAAUAAUUAGAGAGAGGUGUAGAUGAGGUUGCCUUGGAUAGUCCGUUGCCACUGAUCAUCUUUGAUAGCAGGUCUGUGAAACAAUCAGCAUUUCAAAGUGACUUCAUGAACUACAUGUGCAGGAUGAGUGCUGCAUCCACAUCUUAGAAAUAUCACUGGAUUUUGGGGGAUGUCCAUUAGCACUCGCAUGGAAAGAAAACAGAGUUGCCUGUGUAAUCUUCAGCAUCAGCUUGAUGACAAUUAGUGUUGAUUUUCCUUCCCUUCUGCACCAAUGUGUGCAUUCAGGAAGGAAAAAAAAAAGGUUGUUCUUACACUUGGAAGUCAAAAACCAGCAAACCCUGAAAUAGGGAGUCCGGUGAAUGAUUUCCAUACAACAUUAACUUUUUUAGUUUCAUACCUAGAGUUUUCUCAAGGUUAAAAUUUAAUCCUCUUAGUCUUUGUGCUCAUGUAUAUUUCUUAUUAAUCAGAAUCAAGAGUUCUCCAGGGGAGUAGUGCUGCUGUGGGGAUCUUAUCGACAUCCCUUCCCAUGGGAGUUAGUGAGAUCUGCAUCCUGGUGUGGAGAGGUUUAUAAAAUACCCUGGUGUAGCACUGGUGCCACGUGGUUGUUGGACAUACCCCAUGGCUUGUGGCCUCAGUAAGGUCAUAUGAUUCCAUGACACAUGUGUAUGUAUAUAUAUGAGAUGCCUGCUGACUCUGCUCAGACCGCACUAAACUUCCCUCUUCAGAACCACUCAGCAUUUCAGAGAAGUUACCUGCCACUAUGAUGCCUGGGGGCUUAUCUGAGACCAAGCCUGCUACUCCAGAAGUCCAGGAUAUUGUUAACGAGGUGAAGCCGCAAUUCGAAAGCAGGGAAAACAGAACAUAUGGCAUCUUUAAAGCCAUAGUAUAUAAGACUCAGGUGGUCGCUGGGACGAACUACUUUAUUAAGGUCCAAGUUUCUGAUACCGAGUAUGUCCACUUAAAGGUGUUUCAGAGCCUUCCUCAUGAGAACCAAGGUCCCAGCCUUGUCAGUUUUCAGACUGGCAAAACCAGAGAUGAUCCUCUGACCUACUUCUGAGAGGCAAUGUGGAAUGGUGUCUUACUUCUACAAGUUGCAUGUGGAUUCUGCCUGUGUCAGUAAAUGCAUGCAUAUAAAAUAAGUUUUGAAAGCUA